UGAACCGACGGAACCAUGCUGUCACUCUCUAGAACAUUUCGAUUUCCAUAAGCUCAAAUGGCCAUGCGAUCGGUGCUCACUCGAUCAUCGUUGACUACUUCGACGGCGCGUGCCGGUGGAUUCCGCUUCCUCUCCGACGGCAAAGGUCGAGUGCUUAGUGAGGAGGAGCGUGCUGCCGAGAACGUCUACAUCCAGAAAAUGGAAAGAGAAAGGUUGGAGAAGCUGAGGCUUAAGGCAGAGAAAGAAAAGGCUCAGAAGGAGAAAGAACAGUCUGAGAAGAAACAUGAAGGGACCCAGUAGAAAAGACCGUGGGCACAUCUGCUUUGAAGUUUGAUCUUGAUCACAUGGAAUAAAAUGUGAAAUUUCAGCCCCCCACCCCAAAUCGCCUCAAUUCUGUAACUGACUUUUAAAUCUGGAUUUGGUCUUUUGUAUAGAGAUAAACAACCAUACUUUUAACUGUACUUCCUUCCAACUUGAAAUAGAUAUUUUUGCUUUGUUUUUAGAUGUAAAUUUUCUACCA